GUGCUGCGGCGAGCUCCGUCCAAAAGAAAAUGGGGUUUGGUGUAAAUCUGGGGGUGUAAUGUUAUCAUAUAUCACGCUACCUCGUAAAACCGACACUGAAAGCUGCCGGACAACAAAUCACAGGUCAAAAUUAUGAGUUCUUCGUAUUAUGUGAACGCGCUUUUUAGCAAAUAUACGGCGGGGGCUUCUCUGUUCCAAAAUGCCGAGCCUACUUCUUGCUCCUUUGCGCCCAACUCGCAGAGAAGCGGCUACGGGGCAGGCGCCGGCGCCUUCGCUUCGACCGUGCCGGGCUUGUACAAUGUCAACAGCCCCCUGUAUCAGAGCCCCUUCGCGUCCGGCUACGGCCUGGGCGCCGACGCCUACGGCAACCUGCCUUGCGCCUCCUACGACCAAAACAUCCCCGGGCUCUGCAGUGACCUCGCCAAAGGCGCCUGCGACAAGGCGGACGAAGGCGCGCUGCACGGUGCGGCUGAGGCCAAUUUCCGCAUCUAUCCCUGGAUGCGGUCUUCAGGGCCUGAUAGGAAGCGGGGCCGCCAGACCUACACUCGCUACCAGACGCUGGAGCUGGAGAAGGAGUUCCACUUCAACCGCUACCUGACCCGGCGCCGCCGCAUUGAGAUCGCCCAUGCGCUCUGCCUCACCGAGCGCCAGAUCAAGAUCUGGUUCCAGAACCGCCGCAUGAAGUGGAAGAAAGAGCAUAAGGACGAAGGUCCGGCAGCUGCCCCAGCCCCCGAGGGCCCCGUGCCCGCAGCUGCACCCACUGCUGCUGCCACCGACAAGGCUGAGGAGGAGGACGACGAUGAAGAAGAGGAGGAGGAGGAGGAGGAAUGAAGGGCCGAACUGGGCCCUUGGCUGCACCAGACAGUCGAAAAAGCGUCUUUAGAGACUCAUCGAUUUUAUUUACAAAAGUGGAAAAAUAAAAAGAAAAUGUAAAAAACAA